AUGGCGGACGUUCCGACAAAUGCCAAUGCCGGCUGUCCAGGCACAGGCAGUGCCGGCGCCGGAAAAGCGUCCGGCUGCGCUGGAUGUCCUAAUCAGGUAGGAUUUCAAACUACCUAUUGUUUAGGAUCUUAUUUCGAUUUCUCAACGAGUGCAAUAUAGCCCAUUUCGCGCCAACUUGUCAUGAUUUUUUCCGAAUAACAGAACUCUUUAUUUUUCGAUACGCUGUUUUUGUGAAUGCGCCUUUAAUUUAGCCUAAAAAUUAACGUUUAAUUAAAGGCAAAGCACACGAAACUUAAAAGUGGUGCGGUUAGGGAGCAGAAAAUAAAACAAAAAGCUUUUCUUUUGUUUUUGGCUUUCUCACAAUCAUGAAAGAAAUGGAAACAUCAAAAUGGUCUGAAGGUUCAGUUUUCUUGAGAAUAUGAUGAUAAACGCUAAAGAAAAAAGUAAUAAAAUUAUCAUAUCAACUUAGUACAAAAAAAAGCAAAACGAGUCAAAUAUUGAUUGGAAAUCAAAAAAAAUUAUUUAAAAUAAGUCAUAUUAAAAAGUAGUGUCUGAAUUUUCGCACGCGGCGGAGCAUCUAUAGCCGAUUCACGGAUUCACUCUGGGCUCUCCACAAACCACUCACUGUCUCUUUUCUUUCAUUUAAAAUUUUACAUUUUCUCCCACCACGCAGAACUCCGUGGCAUACAGAUAGAAAAACCGCGUUCCAUCUGGCGCGGAAUUGGCUAUAAACUUCAUUAUGUAUUUUUGGCAUUCCCACAUUUAUUAUAUUUUCAGGGUUCAUGUGCGAGCGGCGAAGGCCCGAAACCGGACGCCGAUGUCCCGCAAAUCCAGGAUCGUUUCAAAAAAAUCAAGCACAAGGUUUAAAGAGUUUGGGAAUUUAUUUGAGAGAAAAAUACCUUUUUUUCAGAUUUUGAUUCUCAGUGGGAAAGGUGGCGUUGGAAAGAGCACGUUGACGACGAAUUUGGCCCGUGCUUUGGCCUCGGAUCCCACAAAACAAGUUGGCUCCGUAUCCAGUUCAUUUUCGCUGAACAUCGACUUUUCAGGUCGCCGUUUUGGACGUCGAUAUUUGUGGUCCAUCGCAACCGAGGAUGAUGGGCGUUGAAGAUGAGGAGGUUGAUUUUGAAGUUGAAAUUUAAGAAAUUGAGGAUUUUAUCGGUUUUUUUAAAUAAAUUGUCAAUUGAAUGUUUCAAGGCUUUUAAACUUCCUAAAAAGUCUUUAUUUUCUCAAAAUCGGCGAAGCCAGUGUAUCUUUAAAAAAAAGUGAAAAUUUAUUCCGUAAAAAGAAAAUUAAUUGUAUUGAAAUUUUUCAAAUUUCAAGGUACACAAUAGUGCGGACGGUUGGACGCCAGUUGGUAUCAAGGAUAACCUAACUUUGAUGAGUAUCGCAUUUUUAUUGGGUAAGAUAUCAAUUUUCCUCAGUUCCGAAAUUCGAAUUCAUUUCUAAGGAAACAAAAACGACGCGGUGAUUUGGCGUGGAGCGCGAAAAAACGGGAUGAUCAAGCAGUUCUUGAAGGACGUCGAUUGGGGAGAAGUAUUGAUCGGAGUAGAGUCGAUAAAUCGAUAAAUUGGUUUAUCAGGUCGAUUAUCUGUUGAUCGAUACGCCCCCGGGAACUUCCGAUGAACAUAUUUCGUUGGUUCAGUUCUUGUUACAGGUAUCAGUUGUUGAUCUUUAGUGAUUUUGUUAAAGUUAAUAUCAAUUUUUCGAUUUUCCGAGGUUUAUUUUAGAUGGGUUCCUUUGUUAAUAAAAUUAUGAACACUUUUUAAAUCAAGAGGGAAAUUUUCGUUUAGAAGAAAUUCCGAUCAAAUUAUUUGAAAUUUCAAAUUAACUUGUUUAGGCCGGUUCAUUAGACGGAGCCCUGAUCGUGAGUACUCCGCAAGAAAUUUCUCUUCUCGAUGUCCGAAAAGAGGUUUUUUCGAAGUCGCUUCAUUUUCAUUUGAAGAUUUUCAGGUGAGCUUCUGCCACAAAACAAAAGUCCCGAUCCUCGGCGUUGUCGAGAAUAUGGCCCGAUUCGUUUGUCCCAACUGCCAACAUACGACUGUCCUCUUCCCUUCUUCCACUGGUCCUUUUUUGCAGUUUUAAUAAAUCUAGUGACUAAUUAAUUUAAUUUUUGAAAAAAAUUAUGAAAAAAAUGGUUGAUUUUAUCGGAACUCAUUCAAUGAUAAGAUAUUCCAUAAAACUCGGAAUUUUUCUUUUUGAGUAUGUUAAGCAAACCUUAUCUUACAGUUUUUGCAUGAUGACGUGUUCAAUAUAUAGAAAACUUAUCAAAAAAAUCUAAGUAAAAUUAUAUUUUUAAAUUGCAUAUUUUUCAGAGUUACUGACAGGUUAAGGUUUUUAAACUUUGAAAGAAAAAAAUGCUGAUUUUUUUCUCAAAUCUAUUUAAAGGUGGUGCCGAAACGAUGUGCAAGGAGGGUAAUAUGGAUCUUUUGAGCCAAUUACCUUUGGAGCCGAGCCUUGCAGCGGUAGGUUUUUUUCGUAUUUUUAAAAAAAUUGAGAAAAAAACCACAGAUAAUUUCGUUUUACAUGAUUUCUCUGGAAAUCAUUUGAAAGAAAGAGAUUCGUUUAGGGAGGUUUUUUCAAUUUAUUCACAAAUUUUUUUCAAGUUUUUUUUUUAAAUCUUAUUCAGUUCUUUCAAUAAAAUUUAAACUUUUUUUGAACUCAAACUUUUUAGUCAGUCUUUAGAGAAGAUUAUCUGCUGAAUCAUAGAGUAAUAGGAGUUGUUUGUCGCCUUUCUUGUGGGAGUAGUAGACGAUUUUCGAGCUUUCCGACGUUCACUGCUUCUCCAGUACUUCUACAUUUCCAGGCCCUCGACAAAGGCGAAGAUUUCUUCGAAACUCAUCCCGAUUCGUCCCUGACCAAGGCUUUCUUGGACCUUGCCGAAAAGCUCAAGAAAAAGUUGAUUAGUUGA